UCAGGCGAUUCAGUCGAGCAGCGAACGUUAAAUACAGAAGAACGCAAUCAGCGCAUUGAACUCGCAUUUGUCAAAAAGAAUAAAUACAUAAUAAAAAUAAUCAGCAUGCAGCAGUGGAAGUACCAGCAGGGACUUAGGCUCUAUCUCUGUCUCUUGUGUCUGUCGCUGGCAACAGCCGCGGCGCCCGUUAUCAGUGACAUAAGUGGAGAUGUGGUGGCCAGCAUUGGCGACAGCGUGGAGCUCAACUGUACCGUGGAGCACGUGGGCCCAAUGACUGUUAGCUGGGUAAAGACGCCAAGCGGCACAGCGGCCAGAGAUUCGGCUGUGGUGCUGAGCAUGCGCACCAUGUUGACACUAACCGAUCCUCGCUACAACAUUAGCAUGCAGGAGAAUGCAGCCAAAGGCAGCGCCGUCUACAGUCUGCGCAUCAGACAAAUUGAGGCCAGCGACAUGGGUCCCUAUGAGUGCCAAGUGCUGGUCUCUUCGACCGACAAGCUAACCAAGAAGCUCAAUCUGCUGAUAAAAACGCCGCCCGUCAUUUCAGAGCAGACGCCCAAGUCCAAGCUUGUAACUGAGGGACAAAAUCUGGAGGUCAGCUGUCAUGCCAAUGGCUUUCCCACACCCACCAUAAGCUGGGCACGCGUAGAUAACGCGCUGAUGCCGGCAGGCGGCUACUUGUUGAAUGAGCCCACGCUGAAGAUCAGAACAGCGCAUCGUCUGGAUCGCGGCGGCUACUACUGCAUUGCCCAAAACGGCGAGGGACAGCCGGACAAGCGUCUAGUGCGCAUUGAGGUGGAGUUCCGGCCACAGAUUGCCAUACAGCGUCCCAAGGUAGCACAGAUGCUCUCCCAAUCUGUUGAUCUGAAGUGCGCCGUUCAAGGUUUUCCCGCUCCCACUGUCGUCUGGCAUCGCAACGGCGUGCAGUUGCAGUCGGGACGCCGCUAUGAGAUUGCCAACACCGCUUCAUCCUCGGAGACCACUACAUCGGUGCUACGCAUAGACAGCGUAUCGGAGGAGGACUAUGGAGACUACUACUGCAAUGCCACCAACAAACUGGGACAUGCCGAUGCUCGGCUGCAUCUGUUCCAGAGCGUUAUCAAAAUACCUUUGUUAGCACAUACAAAAGAUUCGUAUUUGUAAGCUUUUGGGCAAUUGUAUUAUACACACACACACACACACACACACAGACACACAUACAUGCAUACAUAUAUGUUUGGCUUUUGGCUGCGUUAUGUCUGUCUGUGCUUAUUAUUAAUGUUUCAUUCAAUUAACUUUGAUGCCGUAUUCACUUGAAAUCUUUGUAUAUUUUGUGCCUUAACAUAUCUCUCUUCAUAUGCAAUACACACACACACAUACA